ACGGUCUCGCUACCUAGGCCUAUAUAGAGCAUACACUUUUCGUCUUUUUUCUGUCUCCUCCAAACAGGAAAAAGAUCUAGUAAUGAACGUAUAAAUGAUCGCUCUCUCUAAUUUUUGUGCACCGCGGUAACAGUCUUUGGUCUCGUACAACUUUCCUUUCAGUUUAAUGUAUGCCACUAAUUCAAUAUUAUCGUUCUUUUUAAAUUGCGUAUAACUGAAUAAAAUAAUGUAUUAAAUGAAGAACAACAUAGGAUGCAGCUAGGAGAGGGAAUUUUACCCAGUGCACCUAUCAACUUACCCAAGACUUUUUACAACCUCUCCUCCUCAGAAAGUAAUAACAGUCCUGGAUCAACGCCGCUAGAAUUUCAGGAGGUCGAUCGAACUGAAUCUGAACAAGGGAACGGGCCCAAGAAGUAUUUGAGCGGCGGAGGAAACGCCAUGCUGGGCGAGGGUGAGAGCGAGACCUUUUCAGGAACUAAAGCCGCUCCGGACGGAAGAAAAAGUUCACCCAUCGUCGGAGAAGACGACCUGUCCAGUGGCAGUCGGUACAACAUAGAUGGACUGGGUUCCGACAGAUACUUUCUUUCGUCCUCAUCUCAGCAGACCCCCGAUGUGGCGAACCCGUGUUCCCUCUUCCCGUACGCAGGCCAGACCGGGACGGUUUAUGCUGGGUCAAAUGGAUCCAGAUAUUCAGCCUCGCUUCACUACGGAUCUGUCCUGCCGCCGACGGGGUUUUCGUCUGCCGUUUGUGCUGGACGCAGCCAGUUUGGCUCAGGGUAUCAGUUUGGACAAGGACCGGGGUGUCUCUACCCCUCGUACCCGAGCACAGGGGCGGGCAUCGGCUCUAUGCCGAUUCCAGGAACAGGGACAGGGACGAGGGCUCAAGUAUACCUGUGCAACCGGCCGCUGUGGCUUAAAUUUCACAGGCAUCAGACAGAGAUGAUUAUCACCAAACAGGGCAGGCGGAUGUUCCCGUUUCUUAGUUUUAAUAUCACAGGUCUGAACCUUACAGCCCACUACAAUGUCUUUGUUGAGAUUGUGCUGGCCGAUCCGAACCAUUGGCGAUUUCAAGGAGGGAAGUGGGUCACCUGCGGGAAAGCGGAUAACAACAUGCAAGGCAACAAGAUGUAUGUCCACCCCGAAUCGCCGAACACGGGGGCCCACUGGAUGAGACAGGAGAUUUCCUUCGGCAAACUGAAACUGACCAACAAUAAAGGUGCCAAUAACAAUAAUACACAGAUGAUUGUCCUUCAGUCUCUGCACAAAUACCAGCCCCGGCUGCACAUCGUUGAGGUCACAGAGGAUGGGGUGGAAGACAUGAGCAGCGAGUCGAAGACGCAGACCUUCACCUUCCCCGAGAACCAGUUCAUUGCGGUCACCGCUUACCAGAAUACAGAUAUCACGCAGCUGAAAAUUGAUCACAACCCCUUUGCUAAAGGCUUCCGGGACAACUACGAUUCAAUGUACACGGCCCCCGAGAGUGACAGGCUGACUCCGUCCCCCACCGACUCCCCACGCUCCCACCAGAUCGUGCCAGGAGCCCGCUAUGCCAUGCAGCCCUUCUUCCAGGACCAGUUCGUCAACAACCUGCCCCAGAACCGCUUCUACAACGGCGAGCGCGCUGUCCCUCAGACCAAUGGCAUCCUGUCUCCACAGGCGGAUGAUGCAGGGACCGCAGCCACGCAGCGCUGGUUCGUCACCCCCAUGCAGCAGACAGGCUCCAACAAGCUGGACCUGAGCUCCUACGACAGCGACUACUCCAGCAGCCUGCUGCCCUACGGCAUCAAGUCCCUGCCCCUCCAGACCUCACACGCCCUCGGCUACUACCCCGACUCCGCCUUCGCCUCCAUGGCCGCGGGGUGGGGGUCCAGAGGCACUUACCAGCGGAAGAUGACCACGGGCCUGCCCUGGUCUCCCAGGCCCAGCCCCACGGGCUUCCCAGAAGACCACCUGUCCGGCAAGGACAAGGUCCGGGAGGACGCGGCCAGCGCCGCGGCCGCCUCGUCCACCUGGAUUGAGACGCCCCCCUCCCUGAAAUCCUUGGACUCGGCCGACUCCGGCGUGUACUCCAUGGUGUGCAAGAGGAGGCGGGUGUCUCCCAGCAACUCCAGCACAGAGAACUCUCCCACCAUUAAGUGUGAGGACUUGACUUCUGAAGAGUACAGCAAAGAGACCUCCAAAAGCAUGGGCUAUUAUGCCUUUUACACAAGCCCUUAGAGUAUUUUAAUUUUUUUUAAUGUUGAUGACCUUUUUUUAAGUUCCCUUGGAGUCCCCCCCCCCCCCCACCCCGCAUCACACCAUGUUCCCUCCGUCUGAGCGAUGUGCUGCCGUGUGUAAUUUCUGAAGGUGCCAAAGCUUUUAAUGAUCCGAGCAAGUUGUACUGGUAUUUGCCCUCCUCAGUGUGAUCAGUUUUAUUUUUCUUAAUUUUUUAAUAAGC